UGAAAUGAAAUUAUCCGCACCGGAUACCCAAAUUUUAAACAAAAACGAAAUAAUACUGAAUGCUGUAGUGGUGUACCAAACUGUUGUAGUGGUAAAGAUGAACAUAUACUUUAAUGAUUAUGAUUACACCACCAAGCAUUUUUAUACCACACUUAUUAAUAACAUGAUUAUUCACAUUGUGACAAGAAAUCCAUGGCUGUGAAAUCUAAACCACACAAUAGAUGCCACGUUUUCAAACUUUAGCUAUCAACCAUGUUACCUCAUGGUCUUUAUUAACCAUCGAUUUUGCAACUUAGAGAUUCAUUCCACACACACUGCAGUAAGUCAUUGAAAGUCUUGCUGUAACCAAAGUAAAGGCUUUCUUCACUUGAAACAUCUAAUUCUUUCUAUACACAACAUGGAGACUGUUCUUUCCAAACACUCCCCACCUUCUUCUGCCUUCAAGGGUGUGAGCAAAGAAGAGGAAGAAUCUCUGCUUGGACAAAUUGAAAUAUGGAAAUACAUGACACAGUUCACCGACUCAUUUGCUCUAAAAGCUGUUGUUGAGCUACGCAUAGCUGACAUAAUAGAUAGAUAUGGCAAACCAAUAUCCUUGUCACAAAUUGUGCAAGAACUCGAAAAUGCACCCUCCCCUGAUUCCUCUCUUCUCUUAAGAGUAAUGAGAGUCAUGGUUCGUAGAAAAAUUUUCAGUGCAGAAAAAUCCGAAUCCGGAGAGAUUCUCUACGGUAUAACACGUGCCUCAAAAUGGAUCCUACAAGACACAAAAAUGACACUGGCGCCUAUGUUGUUGCUAGAGAAUCACCCUUUUCAUUUGAACCCUGCUAAUUACAUUAGUGAAAUUGUUAGAGAAGGAACCAAAAAUGGCACUGCUUUCUUUAGGUGUCAUGGUCAUGAACAAUUCGAAAUGACCGGUUUGGACUCGAAAUACAAUGACUUGUUUAACCAAGGUAUGGUUUGCACUGCUAGGAUCGUGUCCAGGGCUGUUAUUGCAGGGUACAAAGACGGGUUUAACCAGAUUAAGUCUUUGGUUGAUGUUGGUGGUGGUAUUGGUGGAUCUCUGUCUGAGAUUGUUAGAGCUUAUCCUCAUAUUCAAGCUAUUAACUUUGAUUUGCCUCAUGUUGUUUCAACUGCUCCUAAAUUUGAUGGUAUCACACAUGUCGGAGGAGACAUGUUUGUUUCUGUUCCUAGUGCUGAUGCUAUUUACAUGAAGUGGAUUCUUCAUGACUGGAGCGACGACCAUUGCAUAAAGAUUUUGAAGAAUUGUAGGAAGGCGAUACCGGAGAAAACAGGAAAGGUGAUCAUUGUGGAUCAUGUUUUGGAUCCAGAAGGUGCUGAACCGUUUACCGACACUGGCAUAGCAUUUGACAUGAUGCUUCUUGCACAUAAUGCUGGUGGUAAGGAAAGGACUGAAGAGAACUGGCAAUACUUAUUCAAAGAGACGGGAUUCCCUCGUUACAACAUCAUCAAAAUCAAUGCUCUUCCAUCCAUCAUUGAGGCAUUUCCAAUCUAAAUUCAUGAUUUGUGAUGAGUUUGGUUUUAUCAUGAUUUCGUAUGUGUUGUUUUGUGUGGUUUUAAUGGGAGUUUUAUUAUCUAAGGAAAAUGCUCCUUUGUGUAUCAUAAUUUGAAUAAAAAUGCUGCUCACCACCUAGAGAUAGCUAUGGUUCAUGCAUAUGCAGGUCAUGUAGCAGAGUGUUGUGUGAGUGUUUUAAGAAUCUACUGUUGAAUUGUUAAUUAGUUUGAUGAAUUGUAAUUCAUGUGCAACAAUUUCUUCCCUUUUUCAUUUAA